AUGCUGACCAAGUGGUCGAUGGUGGUAACACGGUUAACAGUGGCAGCUGGCUUACUGGAGAAUAGCUAUUAUAGCAAGAUGAUUGCAACUCCAGACGGCUAUUUCUGUGUCAAGAGUGGCAAGGAUAGGAGGAUUACUUACAAUACUCCACUGAGAACCAGUCGGAACAGUGACGACGAUGGAGAUGAUGACCACGACUCUAGCUCCACCAGUGCAGAUGAGAAUGACCAAGACGAUGAUGGUGAAGAGUACCUACACCACUCAACCAUGAACCUCAAGAGUCAUCUUUCAUCACUGGUCAACAACGACAACGACGACUACAGCAACAACAACAACAAGGAGAACAGGUACUUGAUCAACAGCUCAUUGGGUACUGCACAAGGCAAGAAUGGUCAAAUCUUCUUUGUCACUGGAGCUAAGGAUAGGCAGCAGUUACCACAACAGCAGCAGCAGCAGCAGCAACACCAAAAGAAGAAGCAACAACAUCUAGAACAUCAACGAGACGAGCCAAAACUUAACAACAAAAACAACAACAGUUCAACAAACAACUUUGCAGUUAAACGCCAAUAUAUCUCAUCGCCAGGCAACAAGCAGAACCAAUGCUAUCGCGAGCUAAUCAUCUUGGAGCAUCUGGGCAAGUUGAUGAGUCAGAACAAGUCAUGCAACUUUGUCACAAUGGUUGAAUGGUACAAGACUGCACCUUAUGAUGGCACAGACAAUGUUGAUGUAGCCAAUGACCAAUUGGACAAUCAGAGACAUCGCUACUUACGAACAAAGGACACUGGCGACAAGAUACAUCUCCGGACUCAACAAUAUAUGAACUUUGUCCUUGAAUAUGCCGACCUAAAGUCACUGUACACCUAUCGCCAGACCAAUGACAUUACUCUUCGACAAUACAAGUCCAUCCUCUUCCAAGUGCUCCAUGCACUGUCCAUCGCGCAACGCGACCUGGAGUUCAUGCACAAUGACCUUCACAUUGGAAACAUCCUCUUGCAAUCUUUGCCCACUGGCAAGAAAUACAUUAUGUACCAGGACGACUUGGAAAGUUCAAACAGCAGCGAUACAGAUAGCGAACCAUCAUCAAGGUUGUACCAGACUUGGGUAGUGGACCAUUCCAUUGUCAAGAUAUCCGACUAUGGACUGAGCCGCAUCCGCAUCCCAGAAUCAAACAAGGUCAUCCACAAUCAACGCAAUGCGGACAGUAAGCACUUCUUCUACUCGAAUGACCUUCAGCAUCUAUCUUGCUCUCUGCUCAAGUUGCGCAUAUCUGAUAUCCAAGCGCCAGAGAACCUGGAGCAGAGGAAAAUUUUGAACAACCUCAGGAAGCGCAUCCAAGACUCUGUGACGCCACCAUUUGCACUACUAUCUCAUCGGUUCUUCCACUCACUUCGUAUGGUACCUUUGGACGCAACUGAGGACAACUGUAUACGUCUCUCCUCUGAUGGCAUUAUUCCAGAAUUCCCAUCGCCCAAGUCUACCGAUGGAACCACUGAUGAGAUUGAGUUGGAUGAUGUAGCCCCCCUCCAGGAGACAUUCCAAGUCACUGGCAACUCCAAGACUCCAUCCAAGCCUAGUGCCAUCACACCAUUGCGUCAAAGGGCAGGACCAAAGACUCCUCAGUUCUACCGACCACUGGCGGCAAAAAAGUACUCCUCCUUCCUUCGACGACCAAGGCAACAGGUAAUAAUUGAGCAGCACUCAGAGGAUGAGUCUGAUGAUCAAGUGGACGAUAGCAAUGAUCAAGAUGCUCAAGACGAGGAGGAUGUUGUCAAUGAUAAGGAGCUGGAUGAUGACCAAGUUUAUACAUCCAACUCAAUUGGCGAUCUCACAGACCAGUUUAGCAAACUAUCUACAGAGGUUACAGUCGAUGGUGAUCAAUCAAGUGCCAGUAACAACGUCAUUGAUGUUACUGUUGACACUUUGGAGGUAGUAGCUACCAAGAAACCAAAAAAGAAGAAGUUGACCGUCUCUGAGAAGUUGAAUAUGGAAGGUCAAUUUAUAAUCAAAAGACUAAUAAAUCCUCAUUAA